CCGCCGGGCGCGCACCUCGGGCCCCGCCCGCGCGCCGCCCCGCCCGCGCCGCCGGCCGGCGCAGGGCCCUCCCGGAGCUAUUUUGAAAGUGACCCUGGGCUGGGCGACCGCGGGGCGGCGGGGAGAGGCGCGGCGGGCGCGCGGGAACCAUGACAGAAGAUGACCGAGGCGGCGCUGGUGGAGGGCCAGGUCAAGCUGCGGGACGGCAAGAAGUGGAAGAGUAGGUGGCUGGUGCUGCGCAAGCCGUCGCCGGUGGCAGACUGCCUGCUGAUGCUGGCCUACAAGGACAGGUCGGAGCGAGCCAGGGGGCUCCGGGAGCGCAGCAGCCUGACGCUGGAGGACAUCUGCGGCCUGGAGCCCGGCCUGGCCUACGAGGGCCUGGCCCACACGCUGGCCAUCGUCUGCCUGUCGCAGGCCGUCAUGCUGGGCUUCGACAGCCGGGAGGCCAUGUACGCCUGGGACGCCCGGAUCCGCUACGCGCUCGGCGAGGUGCAUAGGUUCCACGUGACGGUAGCUCCAGGCACCAAGCUGGAGAGCGGCCCCGCCACGCUGCACCUCUGCAAUGACCUCCUCGUGGUGGCCAGGGACGUCCCUCCAGCCGUCGUGGGCCAGUGGAAGCUGUCUGACCUCCGGCGCUACGGGGCUGUGCCUAACGGAUUCAUCUUUGAAGGCGGGACCAGGUGUGGGUACUGGGCUGGGGUCUUCUUCCUGUCCUCGGCCGAGGGUGAGCAGAUCAGCUUCCUGUUCGACUGCAUCGUCCGAGGCAUCUCCCCGACCAGGGGCCCCUUUGGGCUGCGGCCGCUUCUCCCAGACCCAAGCCCCGGGGCGCCCACCGUGGAGGAGCGCGUGGCCCAGGAGGCCCUGGAAACCCUGCAGCUGGAGAAGCGGCUCAGCCUCCUCUCCCACCCCGGCCGGCCGGGCAGUGGAGGGGACGACCGCAGCCGGUCCAGCUCGUCGUCGGAGGCCAGCCACUCGGAUGUCAGCGCAGGCAGCCGGCUCACGCCGUGGCCAGAGCAGUCCUCAUCCUUGGCCGGCACGUCGCAGGAGGGGCUGGGGCUGGUGGCCGCCCAGGCCCCCGGGGAGGCCGCGCUGGGCGCCUCGAGGCCGCCCCCCAAGCCGCUGCGGCCGCGGCAGCUGCAGGAGGUCGGCCGCCAGAGCUCGUCGGACAGCGGCAUCGCCACGGGCAGCCACUCCUCCUACUCGGGCAGCUUCUCCUCCUGCGCUGGCAGCAGCCUGGACGUGUGGCGCACCGCUGAGGAGUUCGGCUCCCUGCUCAGCCUGCCGGCGGGGGCGCCUGAGCCCAGCCUGUGCGCCUGCCCCCCCGGGGCGGCCGAGUACCAGGUGCCCACAGCCCUGCGGCCUCACUACGACACGCCCCGCAGCCUACGCCAGGCCCCCAGGGACCAGCCCCCGGCCGGGCAGGGUGGCCCUGACGGCAGUGACCGGGCCGCCGGGGACUCGGGAGGCCAGCCGUCGGCGGGGGGUCUCUCCGGCUGGCUGGGCGAGAGACGGCGGGGACAGGCGACAGAGACCCUGGUCGGCGAAGCUGCGCUGCCCAGCCCGGCCCCCAGCGAGCACUGGGAAGUGGGCGCCCCCCACGCCGGGCCCACUGCGGCCUUCUUUUCCGCGUGUCCGGUCUGUGGAGGACUGAAGGGGGCUGCCGCCUCACCCCCCGGAGUUCCCGUGACGCUCUCAGGAGCCCCGGGGCCCGAGAGGCCCCGCACUGAGACGCCCACUUAUGUGAAUGUGCCCGCCAGCCCCUCCUCCCAGAAGCAGCAGCACUACCUGGGCCUGAGACUCCCGGAGGCCAGCGCGGUCAUCCGAGGGGCCGGCGCCUCCUGCUACGCGCAGAUCGACGUCACGGCCACCGAGGCGGCCCACAGGGCGGGGGCCCAGCACGCGCUGACCCGGGAGGAGCGGCUGCCGGCGCUGGAGCAGCGGCGGAAGGGGGCCCCGCGGUGAGGUGCUGGCUGCACCUGCACGGCCCGAGGGAGCUGCCCACGCGCGGCAUCUCUGCUGCCUCCCGGCGGUCAGGCUCCCAGCUGAGGGCUGGUGGGAGAUGUCACCUGGACAGGUGACAGGCGGCUCCAGGUGGACCUGAGGCAGCGUCUUGGUACCUGGAGAGCAGUUUCCAGUCCUGGGAUGCGACCUGCCUUCCCUUCCCUGGAGAUGGUGGCACCCAGGAGGACGACGAUGUGUCCCAGAGAAACGUGCACGUCCCCAUCCACACGGGCCGGCCAGCCCCACCACAGGCCCCCUGCAGGGCCCCCUGUCCCCUGGUGGUCACCCCUGCCCUGCGCCCGGAUGUAGUGGCCCUCGCGCUUGGCUGACUGCCUGCCCCUGGGGCCCAUGCAGUCAGUCCUGUAAAUGGUUUAAAGUCGCUCGAUCCAGGAGUUCCCGUCGUGGUGCAGUGGUUAACAAAUUUGACUAGGAACCAUGAAGUUGAGGGUUCGAUCCCUGGCCUUGCUCAGUGGGC